CUCGCUCCGACGCGUCAGCCUCGGCUCCCGUGCGCCAUGUCUGGGUCCUCCAGCGUCUCGGCGAUGAAGAAGGUGGUUCAGCAGCUCCGGAUGGAGGCCGGGCUCAACCACGUGAAGGUUUCUCAGGCAGCUGCAGACUUGAAACAAUUCUGUCUGCAGAAUGCUCAACAUGAUCCACUGCUGACUGGAGUGUCUUCAAGUACAAAUCCCUUCAGACCCCAGAAAGUCUGCUCCUUUUCGUAGUCUAGUAAAUCUUUCAAAGGAUCUCCAGACUAUUUCCUAUGAACCAGUGAAUAUUCAAGAGAGAGAAAGUUGAAGCCUGUACAGAACCUUCUCUGUAACACACGUGCCAUAAAAUACCAACUUCUACUUAAUGUCAGUCCUUAACAUCUACCUCUCUGAAUUUUCAUGAAUUUCUAUUUCACAAAGUUAACUGUUUUAUAUACACUGGCAAUGGCAUACAAUAAAAUACUUAAUGUAAAGGUU